ACCUCUAUGAACCCUAAAACUUAAAGCUUAGCAUCUCUAUCAACCUUCCUCUUUCCUUUCCCUGCUCAUCCUUCUUCUUUCUUCUUCUUAUUCUUUCUCUCUCUCUCUCUUCUCCCUUCUUCUUCCUCUCCAAAUCUGGGUUUUUCUCAUACAAAUUGGACUUUGUAAAUCUCUCACUUCUCAAGUAAAGUGGGCUCACCUUUACUCUUACCAAUCACUUCUUUGCCUCAAGUUCACUCCACUUCUCAAAAGGAAUCUAAGAUGUAGUUCCUCUUUUAGAGAAGAAAAUAUCUAUGCAAAAUUGGAGAAUGCUGACUUGCAUAGCUCGUUCUAAAGGAAGCCGAUGAUGACUCCCUCGAUCCGCCGGAGGAAUUGAGUUCUUCCACUACACUGAGACCAAAAAAUCAAGCCAUCAAAUCUCUCUCUUCUCCCUUCUUCUUCCACUCCCUCGGUAAUUUUCAUUCCCUCGGUAGAUCUGCAAAUUGCUUCAAAUCUACGCCAAACUCUGGCCAUCCAUGGCUCCCCUUCGACUACUUCCUCUGUUUCUUUCCCUUUUUGUUUCUCUCUUCCUUGCCGAGAUCCAAUUCUCAAAGAUCCACUUCGACAACCUCCCCAUAAUCCCUUUUGAUAAGUUUGGAUUCACCCACACCGGACAUCUUGAGCUCAACGUCUCCAACAUCGACCUCUCGAAUCAAAAACCUCGAUUUUUCCAAGGUCGGGUUCUUUUUCUGCACCAACGAUGCGUGGUUGCACAUGCUCCAAAAACUCGAAGACAAGGAUAUCUCAUACGCUCUCUGAUCCGAUCUCGUCAAGCCAAUGUUUACCUUCAACCCACUCAACGUGAGGUCAAAGUAUCAAUGACCAUCCAAUCGGUGAUGUUCAAUCUUGAUGGAUUUGAGAAAAACCCAGAUUUGGAGAGGAAGAAGAAGGGAUAAGAGAGAGAGAGAAAGAAUAAGAAGAAGAAAGAAGAAGAUGAGUAGGGAAAGGAAGGAGGAAGGAAGGAGGAAGGUUGUUAGAGAUGCUAAGCUUCAAGUUUUAGGGUUUGCAGAGGUAAAGGAAAAGGUAAGGGAAAAGGAAAGGUAAAGGAGAGAGAGUGAAAGAGGAAGAAGACAUUUUUUAACUGAUGUGGAUGGAAAAAAAAAUGUCAUUAUUUCU